AUGGGUGAGCGAUGGCGCACGCGGGUGCCAUUCUGGCAGCCCAUCGAGCCUGGGCACGUGGUGUCCCGUGCAGAAGAAGCUGGAACAUGCUGGGCCGAAACCACGGUCGGGGAGGACAAGGUUUCUCCAACUCUGCAGCCGUCCUUUGCUGAACGAGGCUGGGUGGUGCUCUCGGGCUCCGUUGGGGUCUUCAUCUUCAAGCGGAACGAAUUGCUGGAUGACGAGCCACCCACACCACGGGAGGAGUACGACCCCUCCGAGCCCUUGGCUGAAAGUCGGACGUCAGGACUUGAUGGGUCGGACGAACCGCCAAGAUCCAAGGAAUUCAACACCUUGCAAGAGGAGCGUGAGCGGAUGAAGCAGCGUGGGGCACUCCGCAGCGCCAAGACUGCCAAAGAUCUGGCGGAUCUGCUCACAGGUCAAGCGGAGGUGACCAACCCCAAAGCCGCGAAGUCCAAAGCUGGCGCCAGUGCAUUGGAGAGUUGGGCCAAAGCAGAGGAUGAAGAGCCCAGAUACAAGAGUAUCGAGGGCUUCAGCACCUGGAGUUUCUCUUCGGUCUUGGGGGUCCAAGUCGCCCAGCUGGGCGCAGGACGCAUCUUCGGCGAGCUGGCGCGGAGCGGUUGUGGGGUUCUUGACACGAUCCGUGUGGGUCAAAGGCAGACCUUUCGACCGGAGGGCUAUUCGCUUCACGAGUUGGUCUGUCGAAAGUUGGAGCCGAUUGCACGAGCUGCCAUUCAGGUUUACCUGGAACGCACGCAUGCUGACAUGCAGGCGAGGUUUUGGCUUCUCACCCGCAUUGCCCCCUCCAACCGGAGAGCUGGCGCCAAUGUGUAUUUUGCAUACCUCCUCGCGUUGCAGACCAACCAUCCAAGAGCUGCAAGCAUCAAGUGCCUGGAGACGACUGCCUUUCUGCGGAUCCCCUAUACCACCUAUCAGGCUGUGGUGAAGGAUAUCUUCGAAGGACUUCGACUGCAGCAGGAGUGCUCCAAGAUCUUACAAGGACCAGUCGACCGAUCGCCGAGAGCGGAGUUGGCUUCGCGUGGAUGUACCAUGCACGAGGAGCGGAAGGACCAGGUGCUCUUCCGGCAGGGGGACCCCGCGCUGAAUUGCUACAUCAUCUUGGAAGGAGACUCGCAUGGGCCAAACCCGCCACCGACCGUCUUGAUCUGGAAGGCCGAGAAGCGUUCGAAGAGCGGCGGUUUGGCGAAAGUCAGGGACGACCAGCCCACGCCUCGCUUCCAGGAGCCCUUGGACAAGCGGUUGGCCUUCGCUGUGGCCAAAGCCACCAUUCUCGAUGACGCCCAGCCUGCCACACCACCUACGCCCUGCCGGCCGUGGAAAUGUCUGGCAGGGCGAGUCAUUACAGGUGGUACCAAGCCUGGGCAGCCUGGGUCCUGGGUGGCAAACAGCUUCACAGCGAUGGGACCGUUGGAACUUCGGCAAGCAGAAAAGCCGACGACGAUGGUGGUUUCGCUCAAUGCUGCCAUCGUGUCCCCAAACGCGGUACGCUUUCCCUUCAAACACACAGAGGACGGGGGGAUGCGGAAUGUUCAAUACUUUUCAGAGUGGCCUUGGGCAAUCAGACAGUACCGAGGUACCACCAUGACAGAGGCACUGGCAAUCUGGAAGAAGACGGCGGACGGCAAGUCGAGCCUUGGGCAAUUGGUCGGUACUUCCAACCCUCUCCUGUCGCCCACCCUCGGUCCCGAGGGAGGCUUCAGUAGCUUUGCCAAAGACUCCAAGUAUGGCGCACGCGUGAUCCAGUUGAAGCCAGGAUCCAUCGUGGGAGAGCUUGCGUUGCAAACCAACGAGCCGCGAGCGGCCACCAUCAAAUGUGCCACCGAUUGCAAGUUCAUGGUCGUUGGUAAGGAGACGUCCGGUGACGAAGACGGGGAGACCUUUCGAGAGGUGAUGCAUGAACACUUGGAGAUGAUGAAGUUUUUCAAUACCAAUUUGCCGGGCUGCAAGAAGCUGGAGUACACGGGGAAGCGGACCUUCCCAGAGAACUAUAGCUUCAUGUUUGAAGGGAUCAUUGCAUCGGAACCGGCGCUCUUUUUGAUGCAGCAGGGCACCAUCGAGUUCAGACGCCACACUCAUGUGCUCAAACUGAAGUGGGUGGAGUGGAUGGGCCUGCCUGAGCUUCCGCUGGCCUCGCGUCAGUCCACCAGUGCCCGGCGCAACCAGCGCCUCGCCCAGCUACAGGCGCUGCAGGCGGCGGGAGACCAGCGCUACGAGGUGCAAGCUGAGAUGCCUCUCUCUAACCCAGGCCCGGAGCUCAACAUUCAGGGUCUUGAGCUAUCCGACGCAGGACCUGAUUCAGAUUCAACCUCAGAUGCUGUUGGGAUGACGGUCAACUGCACUACAUCCAUCCGACGAGUGGAAGAUUACCGCAAGAACUACAUCAAUUACCUCUCGGAGCACAAGGUCAUCAGGAGGAUUGAGACGCUUGUUGCCAAGGUAGAGGGCCGUCAGCUGAAUUUGGGCCUGGGCCACUGGGAAGAAAGAACGCCUGUGGACCAUUUGCGCCUACUGCGGCUGGCCCCACGUAAGGCACCAGACGCCCGCUUCAUGAAGAAGCACGCCAGGCAGGGCCUCGCCAAGAAGAGGGCUCUGCUCGAAGGCGGCACUCCUCCCGAGGAUGCGCUUGUGCGGUUGCAGGACCGGAGCUGGCUGGCCCACACCGUCAAAUUUGCGUGGUCCUUAGUGAUUAACGUUGCUUUCCUCGUCCUCGCGCUGAUCUUGCAUUUUCUAGGCGGUCAAGGUGAAGCUGGAGAGGCCGUGUGGGGUCAGAACGACGAGGUUGAGGAGGCGCCGUUGGUGUGUCAGCUGAAGAAGGACCUGAAGGAGCUCCAGACCACGACGGCUGUCUUUCGGGCGACAGUGGUGGAGAACCCGGAACUACCCGUGAAGAGGUCGAAGUGGAUCAUCUCCGAUGUCCUGGAAGCGCCUGGCGUGUUCUGCACGAUGCCCUUCUUGCCUCUACCCAUCCCAGAGCCUCUUUUGGUGGUCUCGACCACCAUCGCACCUUGGACGGGAAACCGUCCGAGACGUCCCUCCAGUCCCUCCAACCGGACGGCUGAGACGGUCUUGAGUCUCGAAGAUGCCCAGGUGGAGGCUUAUCAUUUGGGUGGCCCUUUGGUGGAUAAGUUGCCGCAACAGGUGAGGAUGAACAACGAUGGUCGGACGGAUGUGGAUCACUUCCCCAUGAUGGCCAUGGCCUCCUUGGCGGAGGAAGUGUACAUCAGCCGAAUGGGACUCCUGGAUCUCAGAAAGGCGGUCGCUGCAGGGAAUGAUGCAGCGCUGAGAGUGGCGCCCGAAGAUCCAGAGUAUGCCUCCGAGUUCGUGAGGCUGCGAGAGGUCGCCAUCAGCAAGAUCCAAGCGGCCAAGGACUCGCCAGACUCCCCGGAGCAGGUGAAGUCUGCGGUGCUCGCCGUGGUUGCGAUGGAACAAAACUGGCGGCAGAUCAAUGUGCAGCUGCGUUUGGGCCUCUCAGGGGCUUCCGGAUUGGACGACCAAGUGAAGUCCUGGGGCCAGGAGGUGAAACACAUGCGUCGCGAUUUGGACGCCAUCGUCGAGGAGCGGAACAGGAGGUCCUUGAACUUGGGCUCUUCCAUCGAGCGGGGGAGUGCUCUCCAAGCCACCGAGAUGAUGGACAGGAGCAGUCAAAAACUCAAGGAGGCCAAGCGAGUAGCUUUAGAGACCGAAGAGGUGGGCCAAGGCGUUCUCGCGGACCUCGAGGCACAGAGGGAGACCAUCCUUCACGUGCGAAUGAUGAGGAGGGGGAAGUGCAUGCAAAAGGAUGCCUGUGAUGAAGCUGAGAGGCGUCAGGGCCUGUUGGAUUUGGGUGGAAAUGAGCUGGAUGAGGAAAGCAGCUGCACCAGGCUGUUUCGAUUGGGAUGAGCUGGCUGAAGCUAAGAGGAUUGGAAAGAAGCACGAGAACAUGAAGGUCAAGAGCAAUGAGAAUCUUAUGAGAGAUGGGACCAGGAAGCAUUGAAAUGCAUUAGAGGUGGUGGAGAAGGAGAUUUCGGUGAGAAUGAUGAGGCUGAAGAUAUGGAAGAAGAGUCGUUGGAAGAGACGCAGGAUUCCCGAAUGCUGGACUGAAGAUAAGACAUCAUCAGAUCACACCUGGGCAGUUGGUGUCGCACUAGGAUCUGAAUUGGAACAGGGGUUUUAGAUUGGCAAUAUAGGACCAUAAAAUGAGGGUGUUUUGAAACUAAAGGCAUUGAAAGAAGGG